AUGCAAACAAAAAACAAAAAUUUUUAUUUUGUUUAUUCAUCAAAACUUUAUCACUUUUUGUUCCAAAAAUUGUCAAAUGCGUUUUCUGACGGCAAAGUUGAAAAAUGGAGAUCAAGUGAUAAUCGUUGGUCUCGAGCUGAGCAUUCUUGCCGGACUAUUUUUCGUCCUAAUUUUGACAAUAUUAAUUGGAUUGAUUGCCUAUUCAAUAUGGAAAAUCCAUCGAAAAUGUAAAAAGGCAAAAAGAAGGAGAAGCUUAUUGAUUAAUUAUUGAUUUUUUUCCAAACUUAAACAGGUUUUUUAGAAUAAAGUUUUUGCCAGAAUA